AUGACUUCAGUUAUCAGCCGAGUCAAGAACUCCGUCUCGCACGCCGGCGCCUCCUCCAUGUCGCCCAGUGGCCGCAGAGAACGUCGCACCUCCAAAGCCGCGGAACGUGUCAUCCCUCCCGAACCAGUCCAGCAACAGCCAGACGGCGAGCUCACGUCCACCGAAGCAUCUCCAGCGCUCACGGCCCACAACUUGGCACGGGCGAACAAGAUGGUGCCCAAGCUUUCUUGGGACGACCGGUUAGCGCAUGAUGCAGAGUCUUAUGCGAAGAUCUUGGCGUCGACGGGGAAGCUGGAGCAUUCGGGAAAUGAAGUGCAGGGAGAGAACUUGUAUAUGACUACAGCUGAGGAUGCCAAAUUCGAGGAUGCGAUAGGGCAGUGGAUGAACGAGGAGAAGAACUACCAUGGCGAGAAGAUUGGGGAGGGUGAUCUGCAGGCUACGGGACACUUCACACAAUGCCUAUGGCACAGCACAACUCACGUCGGCAUGGGCAAGGCGAAAUCGGGCAGUGGCAAGACAUAUAUUGUCGCGAGGUACUCGCCACGAGGAAACAUUCAGGGUGGCAAGCCCUUCUAA